CGUUUUUUGUGGGCCCUCUUUCGUCUUUCGCGGAAGGCGGGGCCGGCCAGUCCUUUCUUCGGAGCUGUUUUGCUUUUAGCCCAGUCUCUCCUCAGCGUUUCUCCUCAGUUGGCGGGAGGUUUGGGGGCCACAGAACUAGACACCCCCGCCCACCCGUCCUGUCUUUCCGUAUAACGUAUAGAUACGAACGCGCGAGCAACCAACGUCUCGUCCUUGAGCCAGUUGCUAUUCUGUCGAUCUAGCCUACCUCGCAGGGUUGUUGGGCAGGCUUUCCCAAUUUGGGGUCCUCCAAAUUGGGGCAGGCUGCUGGGUGUAGGAGCUAGGAAGUGGAGAGUGGACAGCUUUCUGUGUUCUGCCCAGAAGUUCUCGGAGGAAGGGCAUGAUGCUUCGACGGUACAUUUAUAUAACCUAAAAAACUAGUCAUCAAGAGGGACAAUGUUGAGGAGUUUGAGAAAACUCAUCCUUCAGGGAUGCAAGCUGGAACAGGACGGCUUUCUCUAUCCCAGAACCUGGCACAGGACAAUGACAACCCAGAAUGCCCAGCUUCAGCCAGAAAAGCUCAGAAACAUCUUCCUCACCAGUGAGAGUGACCCAGCCAAGCAUAGUGAAGAGCAUGUAGGUCACUAUUACAGCAUCUCUCCAGAAGAGGUGAAGGAGAUUUUCCCUCAUGGGCUACCACCCCGCUUCAAGAUGCAGAUGAAAACCUUCAACGAAACCUGCAUCAUGAUUCGACAGCCAGCUGUAGAACUCCUCAGCUACUUAAAACAGACCAACUUUGCUCACCCGGCCAUCCGCUAUCUCAUCUAUGGGGAGAAAAGUACAGGAAAAACCAUGGUUCUCUGUCACGCCGUCCAUUAUUGCGCAAGGCAGAACUGGGUCAUCGUUCACAUUCCAGACGCUCACCUCUGGGUGAAGAAUUGUAAAGAAUUGCUGCCAUCUUCCUACAACAACGAGCGGUUCGACCAGCCAAUUGAAGCUGCAGACUGGCUGAAGAAUUUCAGAAUCACCAACAAACAGAUUUUGACCCAGAUCAAAACACAACAGAGGUACACGUGGGGCAAGCGAGAUGUCACAGAAGAAGGCUGUCCUCUGAUAGACUUGACUGAGAAGGGAUUGGCUUGGGUGAAAUAUGCCAGCGAUACCGUCGGGGUGAUCUUGAAAGAGCUGAAGCAGCAGUGUUGCCAGGGAUCUUUCCGAAUGCUUGUGGCUGUGGAUGGAAUCAACACUCUUUGGGGAAGGACAACAUUGGAAAAAAACAGGCAGAAUGUCUCUGUGGAGGAGCUGACACUGUUACACCAUCUAAGGAAGAUGGUGGCCAACGAUUGGACAGGCGGGGCCAUCGUGGUCACUCUCAGCCAAACAGGAUCACCCUUCACACCCCGCCGACUUUACUUGCCCCAUGAAUUGCUGGGACAGAAAGGCUUCGCCGCCCUGGAUCCUUUUGUUCCUAUCCAGGUUUCCAACUACACAGAUCUGGAGUUUGAGAGCUGUUAUCAGUAUUAUCUGGAACGCAAGUGGCUGCAACAUGAAAAAGCCAGCACCAGCGAGGGUCGGAUGGAGCUCCGUUUUCUUUCUGGACGUAACCCUGGACAGUUUGAUCGAAUCAGCUCUUUCUUGUAGCAAAGCGUCCCCCUUCCAACACACUGAUAUCAUGGCUCAAGAAAUCCCCUUCUAAUAAAUGUUUUAAAAGCUUC